AUGGAGAUUAAGCUUGCAGAUACCGAAAUACAGGCCCCAGAAGCUGGGAGCACAUUUGUUAAGGAACUGGACCAGGAGAAUGGGACUACUGUCCUAAAUGAAGGAGACGAAGACCCCAAUGAUUUCCAAAAAGAUAAAGCUGAAGCAGAAGUUGAUGGUGAUGAAGACUAUAUGUUCCCAAGUCCAGAAGAAUUGGAAAAGUCUAGAGCUCCAGAGAGGUGGGAGAUUAUAGGAGUUAUGAAUGAACAUAAUCACCCACUUUGGUGUUCACCCUUGUUGACCAGAUUUUUCAUGAGCCACAAGCACAUGUCAGAGGAAGAGAGACACUUCUCAAGAGUAUUGCAAGAAAGCAAAAUUAAACCAACAAAGAUAAUGGAAAUUUUCAAGAAAUUACAGGGGAGAUUUAAGAAUAUACCUGUGAGUAAAGUAGAUGUCAACAACUUGAAACAGUCUGGCAGAGUGAUGAAGACUAGGAAUACAAAUAUUGGAAGCACACUAGAACAUGUGAGAAAAUUGAAAAAGGAGCAACCUGGGUUGUACUAUGCUAUGAAGACUGAUGAAGAUAGUACUAUAAGAAGUAUCUUUUGGACAGAUGUGCGAGCUAGACUGGAUUAUGCUUUAUUUGGAGAUUUCAUUCACAUUAAUACAACUUAUAGAACCAAUGCAUACAACAUGCCGUUUGCAUCAUUAAUUGGAAUUAAUGGGCAUGGUAAGCCAACUGUCUUUGGUUGGGCUCUGCUUGAAAAUGACGAGGCAGAGACAUUCUCUUGGUUAUUCAGGACAUUCUUGGAUGUGAUGGAAGACAAGAAACCAAGUAUUGUAAUGACUCGUCAGGAUUCAGCUAUGCAGAAAUCAAUUGCAGAGGUAUUCCCUACAGUUUUUCAUCGGUUUAGCAUGUGGCAUGUAAUGAGGGAAGCUGGAGUUGAAUUUGGAGGUUUUAUGGCAAACAGACCUGGAAUGGAUGCUGAGAUGUCAUGUCUUGUUUUGAAUUCUUUAACUACUGAAGAUUUUGAGAAUGGUUGGAAAGCAAUGCUUAAGAAAUAUAAUGCAGAAAUAAAUGCACACUUGAAGCAAAUGUAUUGGACAAGAUCUAUGUGGGUGCCAGUUUACUUCAAACAUGUGUUUUGCCCAUUUAUACGUUCCUUCAGAGGUUGUGAGAGCACAAACUCAAUCUUUAAGGACUAUGUUCUGCAGGAGGAUAACAUUGAAACCUUCAUCGGUCAGUGUAACAUUUUGCAAGAGCAGGUUGUUAGCAUUGAUAGAUUUAAGUCAAGUAUGCAAAAGCCAAUAUACUGCACAAGGCAACCAAUAGAAAGGCAAAAAAUUUCAGAAAGAGCUACUUGA